AUGCCUGCCAUUCAGAAAGAGCAGGUCCUGAAGAAAGGCAGUCGCGAGCUGUUGGGCUCAGUCCCGUGGAGAAGGCCGGAGAGCGGUGCUCCCAGCCUCACAGCCAAAGGUGGGAGCCUCCAGUGGUGUCACAGCUCACACUUGGGAUUGAAGCUCGGAGUCACCGCCCGAAUCCAAGCCAGACCCCAGGCCCUCACCGCCUCCUCACACACACACACCACAGCCUGGGGAGGGCGCCUGUCCCGUCCUGCAGCUCAGUCCCGCGUGGAGGACCGUGAGGGAGGUGGAGUGGAGGGAGGAGUGUUGUGGCUUCUGAGGACACAGCAAGUGCAGGGCAGAGAGGACGGGGGUGACUUGCAUCUGAAGGUCCGUGAGGAUGUGGCUGUUGGCGUGACCUUUGAGGACAUUGCCCUGUACUUCUCCAGGGAGGAAUGGAGCCUCCUUCAUGAGGGUCAGAGACAGCUGUACCUGAAUGUGAUGCUGGAGAACUUUGAACUUCUAUCCUCGUUGGGUUGCUGCUGUGGAGCAGAGAAUGCGGAGGCAGCAACUGAGCAGAACGUUUCUCUUAGAGUGUCACAGGCAAGGGUUCCCAAGAAAGCCUUGUCUUCCCAGAAGAGCCACCCCUGUGAGAGUUGUGGGAUAGUCUUGGGAAACAUUUUCCACGUAAUGGACCUGCAGGGAACACUACAAGGACAGAUACUGUUGAGGUGUGGGGCGUGUGCAAAACGGUUUUACUUCAGUGUAAAAUUUCACCAGCAGUAUGUGAGAGAGAUUUUCAUUAGAGGAGUGGAUAGGAUCUCACUUGAAAACAGCUGCGAUUUCAAUGUGUCCCAGAAUCGUUUCACCUACAGGGAAGUUGGGCAGGGUGUCCUUACCGAACCAGAACAUCUCCACGUAAAGGCUACUCAGACCAGGGACUGUCCAAAUGCUAUUUCGACACGUGGGAUGACAUUUCAAAGGAGGAAAAAUGGUUACGCCAGAAAAGAAUGCAAAAAAGACAUCAGUUGUACCCACAUGUUUAUUCAGGAAAAGAGUGUCCAUGUUGGAAGUCGAUGUUUUGUGUACUCUGCAUCUGGAAAAUCUUUUACAACUAACUCUCAUCUUCAUUAUCAUCAGAGAUUUCACAGAGGAGGAAAUCCUUAUCAAUGCAAUGAAUGUGGGAAAAUUUUUACCACUAAAAGCAAUCUUCGUAGUCAUCAGAGACUUCACUCAGGAGAAAAGCCUCAUCAAUGCAGUGAAUGUGGGAAAACUUUUACCACUACCAGCAACCUUCGUAGUCAUCAGAGACUUCACACAGGAGAACAGCCUCAUCAAUGCAGUGAAUGUGGGAAAACUUUUACCACUAAAAGCAACCUUCGUAGUCAUCAGAGACUUCACACAGGAGAAAAGCCUCAUCAAUGCAGUGAAUGUGGGAAAACUUUUACCACUAAAAGCAACCUUCGUAAUCAUCAGAGAGUUCACAGUGGAGAAAAGCCUUAUAAAUGUAGUGAAUGUGGAAAGUUUUUUACCCAGAACAGUGGUCUUCGUUGUCAUCAGAGAAUUCAUACAGGAAAAAAGCCUUAUAAAUGCAGUGAAUGUGGGAAGACUUUUACCACUAACAGCCACCUUCGUAGUCAUCAGAGAGUUCACAUAGGAGAAAAGCCUCAUCAAUGUAGUGAAUGUGGGAAAAUGUUUACCAGUAAAACCAGCCUUCGUAGUCAUCGGAGAGUUCACACUGGAGAAAAGCCUUAUAAAUGCAGUGACUGUGGGAAAACUUUUACACAAGCCGAUCAUCUCCAGUGUCAUCAGAGAGUGCACACUGGAGAAAGGCCUUAUAGAUGCGGUGAAUGUGGGAAGUCUUUUACCACGUCCACUGUCCUUCGUCGUCAUCAAAGUCUUCAUGCAGGAGAAAAGCCUUAUAAAUGCAUGGACUGUGGGAAAACUAUUACACAAGCCGAUCGUCUCCAGUGUCAUCAGAGAGUGCACACUGGAGAAAGGCCUUAUAGAUGCGGUGAAUGUGGGAAGUCUUUUACCACGUCCACUGUCCUUCGUCGUCAUCAAAGUCUUCAUACAGGAGAAAAGCCUUAUCAAUGCAGUGACUGUGGGAAAACUUUUACACAAGCCGAUCAUCUCCAGUGUCAUCAGAGAGUGCACACUGGAGAAAGGCCUUAUAAAUGCAGUGAAUGUGGGAAAUGUUUUACCCAGAGAAGUACCCUUCGUAGUCAUCAGAGAGUUCACACUGGAGAAAGGCCUUAUGAGUGCAAUUAAUGUGAGGUAUCUUUCAGCCAAAUUUCUAAGUUUGCUCCCUGCAUAAGAGUACAAAUGUGAGAAAUUUCUUAGAUGUGUAGGAAAUGUAGUUUCUUAGGACUUAAAAAUACUAUAAGAAAAUUUGUGAAUCCUCAUUUUUCUGAAUUGUAUCUCAUAUAUUUAAUCACCUACAUUAUGUAAAGUUCCCAAAGUGUU